AUGCCGAUCGCCAUGUCGGUCUCCUGCUCCACCUGCCUUCCCGACUCCGUCCUUCUCUGCGGCGAGGACUCAUCCGGAAUCUUGUCCGGAGACUCGCCGGGAUGUUCCUCCGACCUCGAUUCCUCGCCGCCGUCGGAGGAGGAGUCCAUCGCCGGAUUCAUUGAAGACGAACGACAUUUCGUUCCCGGAUUCGAAUAUCUCAACAGGUUCCAAUCUCGCUCUCUCGACGCCUCCGCCAGAGAAGAAUCCGUUGCAUGGAUUCUCAAGGUGCAGGCUUAUUACGCUUUUCAACCGCUCACGGCUUAUCUUUCUGUUAAUUACAUGGAUCGAUUCUUGAAUUCUCGGCCGUUGCCGCAAAAUAAUGGGUGGCCAUUGCAACUUCUAUCAGUUGCGUGCUUGUCUUUAGCGGCAAAGAUGGAGGAACCUCUAGUUCCGUCACUGUUGGACCUUCAGGUAGAAGGUGCCAAAUUCCUAUUUGAGCCCAGAACAAUUAGAAGAAUGGAGCUACUCGUCCUGGGCGUCUUGGAUUGGAGGCUAAGAUCGGUGACCCCAUUUAGCUUCCUCGACUUCUUUGCGUGCAAGUUAGAUUCAACUGGAACUUUUACCGGGUUCCUCAUUUCACGUGCUACACAAAUUAUCUUAUCUAAUAUCCAAGAGGCUAGUUUUCUUGCCUAUUGGCCAUCGUGCAUUGCUGCAGCGGCCAUUCUCCAUGCAGCUAACGAGAUUCCUAAUUGGUCUCUCGUUAGACCCGAGGAUGCCGAGUCGUGGUGCGAAGGGCUAAUAAAGGAGAAAAUUAUAGGAUGCUACCAAUUAAUGCAAGAACUUGUGAUUGACAAUAACCGGAGGAAACCCCCCAAAGUGUUACCGCAGCUGCGAGUGACAUCUCGGCCCCUUCUAAGGUCUAGUGUUUCGUCAUUCUCAGCAUCAUCCUCUUCUCCUUCAUCCUCAUUGUCUUGUAAAAGGAGGAAAUUAAAUAACUGUUUGUGGGUAGAUGAUGACAAAGGAAACUCCAAAUGA